GUCCGUCUUUCGUACCAUUAAAAGCGCGUGUUCUUUUAUUUAUACGCGACCGCGUCGCGUAUGCCAUUGAAAUGUAUUUUAUUUUUUUCCCACCGUUGCGGGCUCCCUGAGAAGGUGCUGCCCGUUGCAUUGCGAAUCCAUCUCAUCCAUUCCAUUCCCUUUUCCCAUCACCCCCUCGCCAUGGCAUCCGAACCAACCACCGAGAAACUGCCCUUCUAUGCAAGCUGCGACGUCGCUGACGCACUCCUGGCACUCAAGGUGCCAAGUGCAGGUUACAUUCCUGACAUUCAUCUCUGGAGCCCUCAGUACAAGGCCGGCUACACCCGAGUCUUUGGUCCUGCCUAUACUGUGAAGAUGGUUCCAGUGACGGACAAAGAGUCGCCGAAGUCUGACCAGCACUUUGUUGAUGCGAUCCCUGAAGGGAGCGUCGUCUGUAUCUCGCAGCCCGCUAAUAUGGUGAACGCCGUCUGGGGCGGACUGAUGACCGCACGUGCACAGAUCAAAGGCGCACUCGGGGUUGUGGUCGAUGGGCGUAUCCGAGACUUAAACGAGCAGCGCGAAGCCGGCUUCCCUGUGUUUGCAAAGGCAACUUCGAUCAUGGGUGCAGGACCAUUCACACGGGCGACGACACUGAACAUACCGAUUGAGAUGCAACCGAACCCGAACCAUCCUGCAGUGACAAUCCAUCCGGGUGACUAUAUUGUUGCAGAUACGGAUGGAGUCGUUGUUAUUCCAAAGGAUAUGCUGGCGCAGGUGGAGGCGCAUUGCAAAAAGUCGACGGCGGUGGAUGACCAAUGCAUGACUGCGUUGAAGUCUGGCGAGAGCAUUGUGGAGACCUUCAAGAAGUAUCGCGGAUGAGUAGGAAGGAGUGCUUGGAUAGACCAGACGAGCGGAUAUGUCAUCAUGCCACACCGCAUUAAAGAAAUAAAGGGCGCCAUGUGACCAUAUAAAAGAAA